UGGUCGCCGCGAGGGCGUGCCGACGUUGCCUCUAUAUAAUUGUCUAACAAUUACCUCAAGGUAGCAUUGCUUGCUGCGGCGUCACACGUGACUUGUGCGGUGGUCAUCUCGACUUUACAUCUUGCCGUAGUUCUUAUUCCAUAAUAAACAAUGGCUUACUUACAAUCGAUGCCAAAGUGUGAAACUAUAGAGAAACGGGAAAAAUAUAUAGGAGCUGCCUGCCAGUUGUUUUUCCGAUCUUCUCCACUGAAAAUCGUUCGAGGUAUCGCCCAGUUCAUGUAUGACGAGACUGGCGAGAGAUAUCUCGACUGCAUCAACAAUGUUGCACACGUGGGACAUUGCCAUCCUCAUGUGGUAGAAGCUGGCAGGAACCAAAUGUCCUUGAUAUCAACAAACAACAGAUAUCUACAUGACGAGAUUGUAGUCUUAGCGGAGAGACUGGUGAAUACUUUGCCAGCUCCACUAUCAGUGUGCUUCUUCGUCAACUCAGGGUCUGAAGCAAACGACCUGGCUCUCAGAUUGGCUCGUGUCCAUACCAAGAAGAAGCAUGUGAUCACUCUUGACCACGCGUAUCAUGGCCAUCUUACUUCUAUGAUUGAUGUGUCUCCAUACAAACUGAACCUACCGGGAGGCCCCGAGAAGCCAGAGUGGGUUCAUGUGGCUUCCGUUCCUGAUGUAUACCGAGGAAAAUACCAGUAUACACGGGAUUCAAAUUGUGAAGAAGAAUUAGGGAGAUUAUACGCAGAUGAGAUUGGAAAGAUCUGUAAUGAAGCUUCUCAGGAAAACGGUGGAAUUUGUGCUUUCAUUGCAGAGAGUUUGCAAAGUUGUGGGGGACAAAUCAUACCGCCCGAUGGUUACCUAAAGCGUGCUUAUGAAUAUGUUCGGGAAGCUGGUGGAGUAUGUAUAGCUGAUGAAGUCCAAGUUGGAUUUGGUCGUGUUGGAUCUCACAUGUGGGCAUUUGAAACUCAGGAUGUGAUCCCCGACAUUGUGACUAUGGGCAAACCAAUGGGCAACGGCCAUCCAGUCGCUGCGGUUAUUACCACUCCAGAAAUUGCGAGAAGCUUUGCCGAUACGGGUAUCGAAUAUUUUAAUACGUACGGUGGAAACCCAGUCUCCUGUGCUAUCGCAAACGCAGUUCUAGAUGUCAUAGAAGAAGAACGACUAAUGGAACGCGCGAAUCGCGUCGGUAACCACUUGUUAUCUCGGUGUGAAGGCCUCAAGCACAAGCACCGGCUCAUCGGCGACGUUCGUGGUCGAGGACUGUUUGUGGGAGUUGAACUUGUGACAGAUAGAGAGACGAGAACUCCAGCCACAGUGGAGGCUAAGCACGUUGUUAAUAGGAUGAGAGAAGAAAAGAUUUUGAUUAGUCGAGAUGGACCAGACAGUAAUGUACUGAAAUUCAAACCACCGAUGGUAUUCACAACACAAGAUGCUGACAGACUUGUUGACACUUUAGAUAGAGUAUUAUUAGAGCUUGGUGGAGAUUGGAGGCCAAUGCCCAACCUUAAACUAGAGGUGCGAGUUACUCCUAUUAGUAACGAAGUGGAGACCAGUGAAGCAGUGAUACAAAGUAGUAUGAAACAAGGUGUCAAAGCUAUGUAGUAGCAAGCAUAAUGUAAUCUCAAUAGUACUUAAUAUAAAUAUCGAAAAUAUCGAAUAUUAAGAUUGUAAAUAUAAUGGUAAAAUGAUUUGAAUUUUUAGGAUAAUUUUGUAUUAUAUUUCAUAUCUUUUAUAUUGAUACAAUUUGUAAAAAUGUACAUAGAAUGUAUUAUUAUUUUAAAUAAGUUAAUAUAAUAAAAAAUAUUAUGAGUUAAUUUUUCAAAAA